GCUUAAGUCCCGAGGCUCCAGGCCCUUAAAUCCGCCUAAGCGCCAGGCCCAGAAGUGAUUGUUAUUGGGUGUGAUUUAUUAGUGCCUCAGGGUCUGUACUAAGCAGGUGCUAAGCAGUUCACUGGCCUCCGCCAUCUGCAUCGUUCGGAAACAUCGAGACUCACUAGAGGAACCUGCAACCCUCAAUUCGGUCGGCGUCCUCUUCCUCUCCUUCGUCCUCUGUCGAUCGCCCUCAACCCCACGACUACAUCUACCACAGACCACCCACCAGCAACUCCAGAGGCACUUUAGCCUCGAGAGUUGCUGGUUUCGAGGCACAACAAUCCCCUAGCCGCAGUACCUCCGACCUCCUGCGCCAGGAAUGCGACUUGAUCCUCCUUCUGGCCACAAUCGACGUUUCACCAGCAAAUUUGCAUGCAAUCCUCUUGCGACACUAUGCCAACGAACACCUUGACAUUCGGUUGACACUCUAGGUCCUCGACACCUCAACGUCCAUACCCUUGACCAUGCCGCCUUUGACGAGCCUUCCCUUGAGGCUCUCCGAGCCCUCCCGCGAUUCUGCCUCAUCCUAUGACUCUACACUCCUUCCGGAGAUCUCUGCUGAGAAUAUCGCGUUACCUCCGUCUCCUCCGAACGAAGAGGAUAUAAAAAUUUUCCACUCACCCCCAAUCAUCUCCUCACCUCCUAUCGACAAGAGUCCUAGGCGCAGCGAGUACUUCACCCAGAACCUCACACCUACCCGAAAUCGAGGAACUUCGCCACAAAGAAGAAUGAGACCGCUUUCAGUCGGCAGUAUUCCUAUUGCUCCGCCUAUGCAGAGAGCCCAUUCAUCACCAGGGGUGGACGCCUCCGGACGCUAUGUUACUCCAUACGGUCAUAUCAGACGACCAUCUUCACCUCUACAUUCUGGAAGGAGAACGAGCCCUUUGAGAUCAACAGCAGAGGAUACUUACCCCCGAGAUCCAACGUGGAGCGGACUCAACAUCGAGCCGAACAUUCCUGAAAACGAAGAAUUGGAGUUGUCUGGAGAUGCGGAUUUGUCCCAACCCUCGUUGAUGUCGUCCUUCUCCAAUACAUUCCCUAGGUCUCGACGGCGGACCAAUCUUCCUCUGCAUCAAAGUGCGAGUGCACCUGCUCUAUAUGCCCGAGCCGCCAGCCCGAUGUCUGGCAGAACGUCACCUUCACCGUCUUUUGUGCAACAAAAGUUCUCGAAUGAGCCGUACCCAAAUUAUUCGGUGAGCUCAGCAUCAAGUGUACCAAGUACACCUACGUCACUACGGUCUCGAUCUCCGUCCAUUAGCUCUCUCGAGACCAUUGAAGACAGUCCAGAUGCCGAGGAAGCGGCGCUUCUGGAAGAGGAAGUGGCCAAGAUGAAAGGCGACGAUGCGGAGACUUUCGAGUCUCGACGAAAAAGCUCGAUGGAACAACGAGGAAACAACUUACGGAGCAACAAGGAGAGAAAGCGAUGGUCUGUCUGUGGAGCUGAAAGAAGAGCGGAUUUUUCUUUGGCGCCUAUCGAAGAAUGAUCAAAAAACAAGAGUUUCGGCCCGGUCAGGAGCCGUGAUUGCGCGCUGGAUAUUGAGCAGCGCGCAAUAACUACAACAGUAUGGAUCGGCAAUGCAAGGGAACCAACAUUAUGGGUUCUCGAUUGCAGAGGAACAAUGACUCAGGCAAAAGAUCCUAGGUGAACAUGAGAUACCCCAUGGGCUUUGUACUUGUAUUUGUGGGUUUUUUUGUUUUUUGCAAGGCUAGAUAGUAGCUACACGACAUUGACACAGUCUCUAGUCAACGCUGGCAACAUGCUAUGAUGAAUGAUAUGAUUAUGAACACAUGAUUG